AUGCAGGCACCUCCGCCACCAAUCUCGCUGCUGAAUAGUGACUACAAAGUGCUCAUGAAAAUAUACGCACAACGGAUGCGUAAGUGCGUAGCAGACCUGGUCCACCCAACUCAGAAUGGUUUUGUUACAGGCCGUAUAAUGCACACGGCUGUUGACCUGCUGGAGGCUGCGAAG